AUGGCUCCCCCCUCAGUCCGGGGGCGGGGGAGACUGAAGCCGCGGUUCCAACGCAGCCACAAACGCCGGUGCGGAACCAACCGGCCACCAAACGGACGGGCUGCGCGAACGGCCACAGGGGCGGCCCCCCCGCCCCAAGAACGGCCCAGGACCACACAGCCGGGUCGGCAGCUGCGGCUCCGGGGAGCGCGGAGCCGCCAGAGUGCGUGGGGCUCCCAGAGCCAAGGCCUGACGCCGGGGCCUGACCCCGAGCCCCCCCUCGCUCUCUCGCCCCCUCGCUCUUUCGCCCCCUCGCUCUCUCGCCCGUCCCAGCGCGCCACGUGGGCUGCGCGCACCCUACCUGCGGGUGCCACCGCCGCCGAGUGCAGCCGCCCCCGCCCCCGCCGGUAUAAGGGCGGAGGGGUGCGGGGGCGGGAUCGGGGCGUGCCCGGCCACGCUCCGCCCCCCUCGCGCCACGUGCUCCUCGCGGGCCCCCCCGACCCCUGCUCGCCCUCACGAGCCCUGCGGGCUGGGCCGUGCGCCGCAGCACGUACCGCCCCGGCACGGACCGCCACGGCACGGACCGCCACAGGACGGACUGCCCCGGCACGGACUGCCCCGGCACGGACCGCCACGGCCCUACGGGCCUCCGGUGGUGGCGGUACGGGCUUUGGGGCCGAGUGUGCUGGGAGGCCGGCCCGGAUGACUGCCCGGAGCAGCGGCAGCGCGGGACUUCCCUGA